CCUAUAUAUCAUCAGUCUUGCUGGCAAAAAUCCAUCAUUAAAUUUUGGUCGGUUAAAAGAAAUCUAAUAGAUCGCCACAUAUCCCUUAUGUUAUAAAGCACAUCAUAUCAUAAACUCAUUCACAUUUGAUAUUGUUACACGUACACAUGGCGCCAAUGUCAGUGGACCGUCUCUGUUUCGUAUUACCGGCGGAAUCCGGCGAGUUAAAGCCCUCCGUAGAGUCUCCAGCCAUGGUUGAGGAGACCAAGGAAGAGGAGAAGAAGAGUCGUGACUGUGGGCGUCAAGUCGUGAGUUUGGUCGGAGAUUUAUUCCGGCGAUUACACAGCUCCAAGUUGGUGAAAAGCUUGAAUCUUUGUAUCAGCGAGAGAGAUAAAGAUUCCAACUUUCUGGAGAUCAACGAUAAACCCUUCACUGACAUGGAAGGUGUUCAGCUCUCCGGCAAGAUCGGCGCCGAGAACCCGAGAAUCUUCGGAUACUCCGAGCUCUACAUCGGCUCUAAUGGUUUCAGCGACGAGUUAAUCCUCGGAAGCGGUGGGUUCGGCCGGGUUUACAAGGCGGUGUUACCUAGCGACGGGACCACCGUGGCUGUCAAAUGCUUGGCGGAGAAAAAAGGAGAGCAGUUCGAGAAGACGUUCGCGGCGGAGCUUGUCGCCGUAGCUCAGCUCCGGCACCGGAAUCUUGUGAAGUUAAGAGGAUGGUGUCUAAACGACGGCGAAUUGCUUCUGGUUUACGACUACAUGCCUAACCGGAGCUUGGACCGGGUGCUUUUCCGUAGACCGGAGAUGAACUCUAAAUUCAAACCGUUGGAUUGGGAUCGGAGGGGUAAAAUCGUAAAAGGACUCGCCGCGGCGUUGUUCUACCUCCACGAGCAGUUAGAGACGCAGAUCAUUCACCGAGACGUGAAGACGAGCAACGUGAUGCUGGACUCCGAGUUCAACGCAAGACUCGGCGAUUUCGGCUUGGCUCGGUGGCUAGAACACGCGGUUGAAGAGCCCGAGUUCGAUACGAGUUACGACUCGGUUUCGUCCUUCAGAAACCACCAGUUCCGAGUCGCUGACUCCACACGAGUCGGCGGGACAAUCGGGUACUUACCGCCGGAGAGUUUCCGGAAGAAAACCGUCGCCACCGCUAAAACAGACGUGUUCAGCUUCGGCGUCGUGUUGCUAGAAGUCGUCUCCGGGAGACGCGCCGUGGACCUCUCGUUCUCCGAGGACAAGAUCGUUUUGCUCGACUGGGUUCGAAGAUUGUCCGAUGAUCGGAAGCUACUCGCCGCCGGAGACUCUCGGCUGCCGAAAGGCUCUUACGUCGUCUCCGACAUGAAGAGGAUGAUUCAUCUCGCUCUCCUCUGCUCCUUGAACAACCCACAUCUUCGUCCCAACAUGAAAUGGGUGAUCGGAGCACUUUCCGGCGAAAUCUCCGGCAACUUACCGGCGUUACCUUCCUUCAAAAGCCAUCCUCUUUACAUUCCUUUAUCUUCUUUGAAAUCAUCCUCAACGUCGGGGACAACGACGACCACCGCGACGACAACGAUUCCUACAACUUCAACGACAAGUUUAAACGCGUCUUCGGAGUCAACACCGUCGUCAAAUUACGUUACUGCCCUUGAGGAUUCUAUUUACCAGACGGCAGAGACGGGAGAGAAUCGGUAUUUUACUAACAACAGCCGUCGGGUGAUGUCAUCAAAGUCUUUCGUGUUGGACACGCCGAGGGAGAUCUCAUACAACGACAUCGUCUUAGCCACUGACAACUUCUCAGACGCGCGUCGCGUUGCUGAGGUUGAUUUCGGUACGGCUUAUUACGGUUUACUAAACCGGGAUCAGCAAAUUGUGGUGAAACGUCUCGGUAUGACGAAAUGUCCCGCGCUAGUUACACGGUUCUCCACCGAGCUGCUCAACCUAGGCCGGCUUCGACACCGUCACCUUGUCAUGCUCCGCGGGUGGUGCACGGAGCACGGCGAAAUGCUUGUUGUGUAUGAUUACUCGGCGAACCGGAAGCUAAGCCAUCUUCUUUUCCAUAGCCAGAUACCGGGGACCACGGUUUUGCGAUGGAAAACCCGGUACAACGUGAUUAAAUCGCUUGCGUGCGCAGUACGUUACCUCCACGAGGAAUGGGAUGAGCAAGUUGUUCACCGGAACAUAACUUCUUCUACAAUCUUUCUCGACCGUGACAUGAAUCCGCGGCUAUGCGGAUUCGCGCUGGCCGAGUUUUUAUCUAGGAAUGAUCAGGCACAUCAAGCUGCCAAGAAGAAGGGCUCAGCGCAAGGGAUUUUCGGUUAUAUGGCUCCAGAAUACAUGGAGUCCGGAGAGGCAACAACAGCAGCGGAUGUGUACAGCUUCGGCAUGGUGAUACUCGAGAUGGUUACGGGCCAGCCCGCGGUGGACUAUACGAGGAAGAAGGAAGACGCUCUUUUGGUGUUGAGAAUCCGUGACUUAGUUGGUAACAAGAAAAAACCAUUGGACGAAAUUGCGGAUAUACAUCUAGAUGAUGAGUACGAGAGGGGAGAGAUGGCGAGGGUAUUGAGGUUAGGAUUGGUUUGCACAAGAACCGACCCAAAGCUAAGACCUAGCAUUAGCCAAGUGGUGUGUACAUUGGAUGGAAGUGAGAGGUUUUUUAAAGAGGAAGGAGGAAAGGAAGGUGACGUGAGCCGCAAGCAGAUGUAUGAUUCGUCUAUGUUGAUGGUUAGACAAAUGCAGGCGCUAGGGAUUCAUUAAGUUAUGGUUAGUGAAGUAAAUGUUGUAAUAUAUAUGUAAUCAAAGUUGUAAUGCAUGUAUUUUUCAUGCCUUAAUAUAUUUGUGUUUGUUAUGUAAAGAAGAUUCUAAGUUCUGUUAAAUAGUCUUUUGGUGGAAUUUCAUCUUUGAUUAUAAU